AUGAUUAUUGAUAAAGAUAAAAUCAUUCCAUCAAAAGUGACUAUUCUUCCAAAUAAUGAUCCACUCUUCUCCUCUCAACAAAUGGUCAACCAAGGAUACAACCUUUUAACAGUAUUUGAUAUUCCACAGUUCAAACAAUCAGUUGAACUCGAUCCAUCAUUCAAUGCAAUUAUGGUUGGUGAUGAUGUAAAUAGUUGGCCUGAUGACAGUGAAUGUGACACAGAACAAGAAUUUUCACUUUGGAAAGUGAUCAUCAUUGUUUUAUGCGCAACAUGUGUACUAGUAUCUAUUAUUUUAAUAGUGAUUGGUGUAAUGAAACAAGAAAAAUUAAAAAAAGAACAUAAUCUUAGAAUGGUGCGAAUAUUAAAUAUGAACCAAGCUGAACAGAACAACAACGAACAAAACAUUAGAAAUAAAUAA